GUCAGGCAUUCUCUGUAGCAUCACUUGUCCGGGGUCCUCAGACUAGACAUUGCCGCGGUGCAUCCUGGGUCCUUCCUUUCCAUCCCAGACUUUGCUGCAAUCAUGGGAAAGUGUCGCGGUCUGCGUACAGCCAGGAAGCUCCGUAACCACCGCCGUGAGCAGAAAUGGCACGAUAAACAGUACAAGAAGGCCCAUCUGGGCACAGCCCUGAAGGCCAACCCCUUCGGAGGAGCCUCACACGCCAAGGGCAUCGUCCUUGAGAAAGUUGGUGUGGAGGCUAAGCAGCCCAACUCUGCCAUCAGGAAAUGCGUGAGAGUUCAGCUCAUCAAGAACGGCAAGAAGAUCACCGCCUUCGUCCCCAAUGACGGUUGCCUCAACUUCAUCGAGGAGAACGAUGAGGUUCUGGUGGCAGGAUUUGGACGUAAAGGUCAUGCCGUGGGUGACAUUCCUGGAGUUCGUUUCAAGGUGGUCAAGGUGGCCAAUGUGUCCCUGCUGGCUCUCUACAAAGGCAAGAAGGAGAGACCUAGGUCAUAAACAGUUGUGGCAGAAAAUCAAAUAAACAUGUUUUCAAUUACA